CCAAUGAUCGACGGUGGGACCGAAGGUUUCAAGGGAAACGUUCGUGUUAUAUUACCCGGCAUGAAUCCUUGCAUCGAGUGUACGUUGGACCUUUACCCACCACAAGUCACAUAUCCUUUAUGUACGAUAGCCAAUACUCCACGUUUGCCCGAGCAUUGUGUAGAGUAUGUGAAGGUAAUUCAGUGGCCAAAGGAGAAUCCGUUUGACUGCGCCAUCGACGGGGACGAUCCCCAGCACAUAAACUGGAUUUACGAGAAGUCCAACGACAGAGCGACUCAAUUUGGCAUACAGGGCUUGACGUACAGACUCGUGCAGGGCGUCGUCAAGAACAUCAUACCGGCGGUGGCGUCAACGAACGCUGCUAUCGCCGCUGUCUGCGCGACAGAAGCGUUCAAGCUCGCGACCAGUUGUAGCGCAUCUUUAACUAAUUACAUGGUGCUCAACGAUCUGGACGGAAUUUACACGUACACUUACGAGGCAGAAAAAAGGACGGAUUGCCUGGCGUGUAGUCAAGUACCGCGAGAGAUCGAGAUCAAAGAUUCAAAAUGUAAACUACAGAAUUUGAUAGAUCUUCUAUGCGAACGGCCAGAUAUGCAAAUGAAAAAUCCCGGUCUUACGGCUAUAAUAGACGGUAAAAAUAAAACUCUGUACAUGCAAAUGGUAGCGAGCAUCGAAGAGAAGACUCGGGAGAAUUUGUCUAAGACUUUGAUUGAGUUAGGUUUAAGAGACGGUACUGAAAUAAACGUUGCCGAUGUUACGACUCCGAGUACAGUUACUCUGAAGUUGAGAUUUCUGCAGGACGAUAGCGCGAGUCAAUAACUGUUCGAGAAAUCUACUUUUCAAGCAUCCCAUUUCUCAUACAAUAUAUCUAUGCUGUUCAAAUUCGAAAAGCAAACUGGAAAAUAAAGAUUAUGAUGAAAUGUAACAAAGCCAAGCAAAAGUUGCUUGUACAAGAGUGCAUGUCAUUCUAUAUUUCUAUCAAAGAUCACCUUAUCGCAUGCAGGAUAUAUCGAAAUGAAUGGAACUGCAAUUAUUUUACUGCAGUUGCAUUGCAUUGUCAACAUUAUUGGCAUUUGUUAAUUAAUAUUAGUGACUCUUUAGUAGUUCUCGAACACAACAAGGCAUGCAAGGUAUCUCAAAAUCAUCGGAGAAUCUCUUUAGCGAUAAAUUCUGGAGUCGAGUUUUCUCUAAUGUUCAGGCAUUAAUAAUUUUUGAAUAGUAAAUAUUUGAAAAAGAAGAGCUGUUUGCAAAUUAAAUUUGAAGAAAUCAAAUAAA